AUGCUGUACGCGCUGCAACGUUAUCUGCGAUGCUUUGCUAUACUGGGGCUGGUGCCUUGGGCGGAGCAGCGUCUGCAGCAGCGACUGCAAAAGAUUUAUACGAUUGCGUUGAUAGCGCUGCACAUAGGCGUGGCAUUCUAUAUUGUAGUGCAGGAUCCGCCAGAGGAGGAUCUGCUAGUUUCUAUGCUCGUCAGUUGCAUUGUGUUCAUUACACAAAUUGUCACCAUGUCAGUUAUUGAGCUGCAGGCAAUGUGUCAAUAUGGACGCUACUACGCUUUGUGUUUGCAGUUCAAGUGUUUGCGGCUUCGCUUUCAGUGCGAACUGCAGCAGACGCUGAAGCAUUUGGGUUGGCCAAGUUAUGUAAAAUUCUUUGCGCUGGCGCUGCUCAAUGUGCUGAGCAUUGUGCCUUCGAUUUAUGUUGUGCAGCACAUUGACUACAUUGGCUACUUCUGGUACUCGCUGGGCUCCGUGCUCAUCAUUCGCUUUCAGUGUCUGCUGCUGCUCGUUUAUGUGGAGCUGCUGGGCUAUCAUGUGGAGCAGCUGCAGCUGCGUCUGCAGGCUGUGCUCAAUUGCCGGCAGUCCAACAGCGCACUGGACGCCAAGUAUGAGCAGCUCUGCUCCUUGGAGUAUCUGCUGAGCUGCAAGCGCGCCUAUAUGGAGCUGUAUCUGCUGUUUGGGCAGUUCAAUGGGCUGUAUGGCUGGUCCAUUGUGUGCAUCUUUGUGGUAAUGUUCUUGGACAGCAUGGUGAACAUCUAUUGGACGCUGCUAGUGCUGGCCGAUAUCUACUCGUUUGUCUUUAUCUACAUGACCAUAUCGACGUUUGUGCCGCUGCUCGUGCUGCUCUUUGCCUUUUGUCGCGCUGGCGAGUACUGCAGGCGUCAGCACAUGCACAUUGGCAGCCAUGUGCGCGCCUUGGCCUGCACUUCGCAGCGGCUUAGAGAGCCCGCUAUACACGCUUAUAACUCGGUGCUUGCCGAGUUCACCAUGCAGGUGGAGCAGGAUGCGCUUGCUAUAAGCGCUGAAGGCUUUAUGGACAUUGACUACAGUCUGCUCAUGUCGAUUUUUACAGCUAUGGUCACUUAUCUCAUUGUGCUAAUGCAAUUUGGUUCAAUCUAG